UGGGUGGGGUGGGAUCAAAUCCUCCAGGGCCCCAAUGAAUGGAGAUUUACUCCCAUCCAGCUCACCUCCAGUCCAGCCACCCUGAAACUACUGCUCCUGUGUGCUGGAGACGGUCUUCUAGUCCCAGCCUGCCCCGGGAAGCCAUCCACUCCCCUGCAGGGACCUCCCUGCAAAAGAAAAGUUGUGUGAGUAGGUGGUGUCACAUUUGAUGACAACUCCAUCAAGUUAUCGCUAUACACCCCAGCUCUACUGUUAAAAUAGUAUAUUCACGUUAAAUAAAAUGAAAUAAAUAAAUAAAUGAAACAGUUGGGCUGAGUGGCCAUAUUGCUGGGCCACUUUUUCAUCUAAAUUGUAUAAAACUUGUUCAAACCAAAUACAUUUCUGUAAUGAGUAUAUGAGUGCUGCUUUAUGUUAAAGUACCUUAUUCUAGGAUCAGCCUGUUUGUCUGAAGAUCUGAAGAUAUGUCCUGUGUUUAUAUUUGGACAGAAGGCCUAUGUGGGUACAUGGUAAAAAAAACCCAAAAAAACAUGUUGGACUUGUUCUGUGACAUAAUAAUUCUUUCUCUGACCAACAACACAAAAUAACUCUCUGUUAAUUAUAUUUUUACUGUCAGAAUAUUUUCUUGUCCUUAUCAAGUCUAGCUAUGCAAGUGCUAUAUCAAAGUACAAGAGGCAUCUAUCGGGGAUUUCAGAAAGACUGUCCAAAGGCUGUGUCCAUCUGCUGCUGAGGAACCCUGGUAACAUUAUGGUGUUGACGCCUUGGCCAGCUGAUGGCCAAGUGAAAUGUAGAGUGCGGGGCCUCGUCAUGUCUUUUUGGGGAACAACCAAAGCAAAAUCUCCAAGGUCUGUCUGAGGCAGAAAUAGAAAGAGGGUGUGGUAAGGCAGAAGACAGUGGUGUAGUCGGAAUGGAGCUUCCAGUGCCGGUGAAUAUUCGGAUCAGCCACAUCACUUGUGACUCCUUCAAGAUCUGCUGGGACAUGGACCCACGCACCAAAGACAAGAUCACCCACUACUUCAUCGACCUCAACAAGAAAGAGACCAAGAGCUCCAACAAGUUCAAACACAAGGAUGUACCCACCAAGCUGGUUGCCAAGGCAGUGCCGUUGCCAAUGACCGUGCGAGGCCAUUGGUUCCUGAGCCCAAGAACAGAGUACACGGUUGCCGUGCAGACUGCGUCCAAGCAGAGCGAUGGGGACUAUGCCAUAUCCGAAUGGAGUGACAUCGUUGAGUUCUGCACCGCGGAUUACUCCAGCGUGCAUCUGAACCAGCUGCUCCAGAAGGCAGAGGUCAUCGCUGGACGGAUGCUGCCGUUCACAGUGUUCUACCGCAACCAGAACCAGGAGUACUUUGAGCACUGCAGGGCUGCGCAGGGAGGCCGAAUGCUCCCCUCGGUGAAGGACAACAGCGGGAGUCACGGCUCUCCGCUGAGUGGGAAGCUGGAGGGCAUCUUCUUCAGCUGCAACACGGAGUUCAACACGGGCCAGCCGGCUCAGGACUCGCCCUAUGGCCGCUACCGCUUCCAGAUCCCGGCUGAGGCGCUGUUCGACGCUGACACGCGCCUCUACUUCGGGGAUUUCUACUGCAUGUACACGGCAUACCACUACGUGAUUCUAGUGCUGGCCCCCCGCGGCUCGGCCGGGGAUUUGUACUGCAGCGAGCGGCUCCCCGAGCUGGACGCCGCCAGCAACCGCUUCCUAACGCGCACGGUAGGCGAGGAUGGGCGCGUGGAGUUCCGCCAUGCGCAGGAUCUCAUCCUGGAGCUGAUCUACACGGAGCCCGUGGACAUCUCCCGCGGCACCGUCGGCCAGAUCAGCGGCCACCAGCUCAUGAGCCUUUCCACCGUCAAUGCCAAGAAGGACCCCAGCUGCAAGAUCUGCAACAUCAGCGUCGGCCGCUAAUGACCCCGGCCCCCACCGUCACCGGGCCUCAGAUCACAAGCCUCAACACCACUAAUAGCAUAGACGCUAACACGUGCUAACACCCACAUACAGACUCAACACAAACUCUCAUCCUCUGAUCACACACCCCAAGACCUGCGACAUUAGUACAGGGUGCUAAGUGACACACACGAACACAACACGAACUUAUUAACAGCGUCUAACCUUCAACAUAACAAUUUUACUACAUUUAUUUAUCUGUUUGUUUAUUGAAGAUCACAUCUCAAGACAUAAAAUUCACACGGCAUGGUAGCACACGCUACCAUCACCUCAAGCAAGAGAACGCGACCCUAAAACCUCCAGCCUAAACUCUGGGCUGUGCUCUAGCUGUGUCACUGUAUGCGUUACACAGUAGGGGAUUUCGUUUACCCAGCAGGCCUCAAAAGCUUAGCGUCAAACCUGACAUUAGCACCGUGCGCUAACGCACGCUGCCAGAGACCCAGACUCGACCUGAACUUACUAACACUCUCUAGCCCUCACCGGUACAGUAGCAAACCCACACCACCAACGCUGAGAUGCAAUAUUAGCUCGGGACGCUAACUGCGGUGGGACGGUAGCUGGCGCUUGACCUGAUUUCCAGUGUUUCCCGACAACACUCCUACCCUGGACGUGGCCCCAGAAAGGCUGCAGGCGAAAUAUUACGCUAAUAUUUCACACAAACGCGCUGGCAGAGUUGCAGCGAACGCGCUCAGACGCCUCCCGCGUCUCCGGGCCGUGCCGCUUGUCUCCAACUGUGCCAGCCACGUGCGCAGAGCGCCGGAGACCACGCCUCCGCAGGACCUGGCACGCACCACCCACCACGCUGAGGCCAGCCGCACCGCCAAGUCCUGGACGCCAGCUCCCUGCCGGCUCCCGGGGCUACCACACCUGGGUCAAAAAACCGACCUGGUCAACUGGUCGGUGGCAAAGUUCUCCACCGGAAAAACUGGAAAAGGAACGAUGGAAGAGAGAAGGAAAGAAAGACAGAAAGAAAGUACUGAAUUUGUCACCAUAUCUGACAGGCCUUGGAGCUCUGCCACCGUCCUGUAACAAAGCCUCUUAAACCCAAACACAGCACCAGUCCCCUGAGAAAACUUGCAGUAGAAAUGCAUACGGCCUUAUCCGUCCGUGUAAGGAUCUCUUCCGCGCCGCCCCCUCCUGGCAGGUAGGAACGUUGGACACGCCCCUUACAUCGUACGUGUACAUGCAGAUUCUUACACCUGUUAGGACUGUUUGGCGGCGAAGGGAUUUCGAACAGAGAACCUUUACGCGCAGUGAUGAUUUAGCCUUGGGCUGAACUUCUUCUGGCUGCUUUGAACCUUUUAACCAUAUUAAACCUUGCCCGGAAUUAAAAGGGAUUUAAAUCCAGAGAAAAGGCCUUCGAUGUUGAACCGUCCUUACGGCCAGGCUGCGGCUCACAGACUUUCACCUGACUCGUCCAUGAUUUUCCUGACGUUAGCACCCCUUAAUGAACACUUGCUUAUUUUUACAGCAUUAUCGCAGUUCUCCUUUAACUUUAUUUUGUUUUUUACUGGAACCGUAGUUUGAUUUUGUCUAAAGUUAUUUUCUGGAGGAAUGCAAAACGUGUGUGUGGGAGAGAGAGAGUGAGUCUAUUCUGAUCGUUUAUAAUGUACCUGACGUUCCUUGUUAACACACAUUUAGACGUGUUCACAACCUUAAUGCUGUGUUGCUGUAAGCCAAAGGUAUUGCGGGGAGAACUGUUUAACACACCUGAACACACAAAGAUAAUGCGGACCGUCCCCAUAAGAGGUCACCCCAAUAGAUACUAAAAAAAACCCAACCAAACCCUCCCAAAAUAGUUCGAGUCAACACAAGGUAGGCACGCAUGGCUCAGAAAGCAACUGACCGUUGUUAGGUGCUAUUGCACCAUUGUUUGUGUGGGUUGUGCUGUGUGUUGCUGUGGUGAAACCGCGGCACCCACACCCGCAGUUUCUCAGCUCUGCCGCAGCUGAGGGGGUUCGUUGCAUCCAAGCCUUAACUGUACAGGUCUGUUCUAGUUUGUCAUCUUGCUUCUCCUUCUACCUAAAGUACACGUUGACCGUUCUGUUAACCUCCAUGCUGUAUAUAUUGUAUAUGGGUAUAAGCGGCCUACAGCGCACAUGUUUGAGUUCAGUAGUGGUGAUUCAGAUUUGUUCAGUCCAAAAUGGCGUUGCUUGCCUGGCAGUGUCCAAGAUUGUCUGUAAGCCCUAAACCAUGUCUACAGUAGCUUAACGGACUAACCGCCUUUCCCUUUUAAUUCACUGUAUGAUCAAAAAUCUGACCAUUAACAGACGAUAUGUUAAAAUUGUAACAUUGAUAUGAGUUUGAGUGUAGAUUAGACCAUAUGCGAGUAAUCCAUGCAAAAAACUAUCUUAGCACAUCCAAGACUUCACAUAUAAAUGUAUAUUUAUGGGUUCACCUGGGAUCGCGUUUGGAAAAUCACCUUCCCUUAUGGCAAGAAGGAAAGGAUACCUUAUGUUUUAAAACAUUUACACCUUCAGUGAACACUACUAUUGUAGGUAGAACAUAAAGAAUCUUCAAAACGGUGUUGGUUGUCGAGGCAUCGUUUUAUUUUUGAAGCGCAACAUCGAACAGCUCACACACAGCAAGGGAACAGUAGAAGAAGAGCGAGGAACCCUGUGGUACAUUAGCACCAGCUAGUGCUGCAGGUACCGGGCUCUUCAGUCCAGUCGCCAGGGACCCAGCUCCAGUUCUGUUCUGGCCUACGCACACCUCAGGGUGUAUUAGGAAGCAGAACACAACAACAAUAGGGACUGACCGGAGGUCUCAGAGGACCACAGAGCGAACAUCUGUGCUGCGGCAAUCGGUGGAGAGAGAAUAUGUCUCUCCACUCAUUCUGACACUAUACCAGUUUACUUUGGGAAUCCUGACCUGACAGUGACCUUCACUUGAGUGCAAUCCCUGAAACACUGGCACAAAGCAAACUGCAAGCAUGCCACACCAUUUUGAACAACGUUCACCAAAUUUCAGAUGCAGUGAACCACAAAGGAAGCAUUACUUGCUGUCACUGUGAAAUAUAUGUAUCUGAUUUGUUCAAACACUUAGCCUUUGGUUAAAAAAAAAAACUAAAAAUGUAGAAUUGAAAAGGAAAAUUGCCAAGGUUAUUUUUUGUAAGCAGUUACGUUGUGUAUGUGAUAUAGAUUAGAUUGAAUAAAUAAUUGAAGUUUCCAUCUUGCAGAGUGUAGACUAGAGAGCUGCUGUUUUAUUCCAAGAUUUCCUGUUUCAUUUGUUCAAAAAAAAAAAA